AUGGUCCUCCGAAUCCGCCUAGCCCGCUUCGGCACGAAACGAAAACCAAUCUACAAUAUCGUCCUCGCGCAAGCCAAAUCUGGGCGAGACAACAAGCCCAUGGAGGUGCUGGGGACGUACAAUCCAAUCCCACAAGCGCCUCUGGCAACCCCGGAUACACCAGAGCUCCUGGAGAGUGGGGAGAAAUACGUGCCGAAGAAAAUGAAGGAUAUACAAUUAGAUACAGCAAGGACGAGGUAUUGGCUUGGUGUUGGGGCACAGCCGACAGAACCGGUUGGCAAGCUGCUGAGAUUGAUUGGCAUGCUCGAAGAGAAACCCUCCAAGGUCAAGAGAUUCCCGACACAGCCAUACAAACCAGAAGCACAGCCACCACCAGACACCGAGUCCGCAAAGCAAUAA